AUGGAGAAAUACUACCUAGGUUUCGAGCCAAAAUACAACCAUAAAGCCUUUCCAAGCAAGAUGCAGUUGCAGCUUAACGAUGGCUGGUCUGGGGAGCCAGUGGUCAGCAGCAGGUUGCCAAGUUCGCAUGGAAUUAGCAGGACUAAGUUGGACAACGUCCUGGGGGAAAGGACAAACAAUGCUAAAGGGGAGGGUGGAACGGGUGGAAAGCAAAGCCCUGAACAGAGUUUUGCAGUCCCCGGUUAG